AGUGAAAGCUGCGCGCUAUAAGCAACAUGCGCACGCGUAUUGUGAGGCAUAAUGGUGGAUAGGUAGGCAACAUAUUUACCUCGCAAGAGUCCAUCAACUUUUCAUUAAUUUCAAACAGAACAAAUUCUCGUAGCGACACUAGUUGUACAGAGCUUUACAGGGCUACUACCACGUUUUAGUCACACCAGGCUUUUUUCAAAAUGCCCAACAUUAAAAUAUUCAGCGGCAGCUCGCAUCCGGACCUAUCUCAAAAGAUAGCUGACCGCCUUGGACUGGAACUUGGAAAGGUUGUGACGAAGAAAUUCAGCAACCAGGAGACAUGCGUGGAGAUAGGGGAGAGUGUGCGUGGAGAGGAUGUCUACAUCGUACAGAGUGGCUGUGGGGAGAUCAACGAUAAUUUAAUGGAGCUCCUCAUAAUGAUUAACGCCUGCAAGAUCGCCUCAGCAUCCAGGGUCACAGCCGUCAUCCCCUGUUUUCCGUACGCCCGACAAGACAAGAAGGACAAGAGCCGUGCUCCCAUCUCUGCGAAGUUGGUGGCCAACAUGUUGUCCGUGUCUGGGGCGGACCACAUCAUCACAAUGGAUUUGCAUGCCUCUCAGAUACAGGGCUUCUUUGAUAUUCCUGUGGACAACCUGUACGCCGAGCCCGCCGUGCUGAAGUGGAUCAAGGAGAACAUCAGCGAGUGGAAGAACUGCACCAUCGUGUCCCCUGACGCAGGCGGAGCCAAGAGGGUCACGUCGAUAGCGGACAGGUUGAACGUGGACUUUGCCCUGAUCCACAAGGAGAGGAAAAAGGCCAACGAGGUGGACCGCAUGGUGCUGGUCGGAGACGUGAAGGAUCGGGUCGCCAUUCUCGUGGAUGACAUGGCCGACACCUGUGGCACGAUCUGCCAUGCUGCUGACAAAUUGAUUUCCGCUGGUGCCACAAAGGUUUACGCCAUUCUUACACAUGGCAUCUUCUCUGGUCCGGCCAUCUCGCGUAUCAAUAAUGCCUGCUUCGAAGCCGUGGUGGUCACCAACACCAUCCCUCAGGAGGAGAAGAUGAAGCACUGCAACAAGAUACAGGUGAUUGACAUCUCCAUGAUCCUGGCUGAGGCCAUCCGCAGGACCCACAACGGAGAGUCUGUGUCGUACCUGUUCAGCCACGUCCCCUUGUAACCCCACACCCUCCUGUCAGCCGUCUCGCUGUCGCACCAAAUAUAAGAAAAAAGGGAUGAUUUGCCCUGGCCAAACACAACCAUUAUCAAAACUCUGCUGCUAACCAACUAUCAAACCACAAUUUGAGCAGUUAUGUCUGUUGCUAAUAUGGACUCCAUUAACAAAAGUCCCACUUGGCCUCUUGAGCAGCCACCCUUUAGCCUGGACCCUUGGGCAUACAUAAAGCACUAAUUCCAAGCUAGAGAUUUUGGCUGGUGUUUUAAUUGUGUAUGGCUGAAUUAAGUUUAUCUACUGUGAAUGUUCUCUUCUUCCUUCUAACAGUACUUUGACCUGGCACCAUUGCCCUGUUAGAAAUAGUCUACGGCCCUUUUAAAUUUGAAUAUUAUAUAUAUAUCCAUUUAUCUCUCGCGCACGCACAUACCUUACCCCCCACCCCUGUUGGUUCAAGUGGUCAGCAUAAGGCUUUUGGCCAAUAUAAAGCUGUUACAAUAUGGUGGCAAUGUUACAAAGACUGUUUUUUUUGGGUUAGUUUGAAGGCAACUGUGCUUGUUGUUGAAGUGAAUGUGUUUAAAUAAAUCUAGUUUACCUUACAAACUGAAGCCCCACUCACCAAGUGUGCCUCAGAAGAAAGUAGGAUUUUUUUUUUUGUCUCUCCACGUAGUAAUGUUGUUAUCCAUUAAGGGCUUUUUAUGGUUCCACGUUCCCGCAACGUGGGAGGGGUUACGGACCCCUUACGUCCUUGCGUACCCUCCUUGCGUCCACCACAGGAGCCGGACGUGCGCCUCCCAAAAAUCGUAACCUUCUGUCGAGGCGACACAGCAGCAAGGGCUGUGAUUGGUCUGCUUACCAAAACCCGGCGCAGAACCAUAAACGUUUACGACUGCGUUGCAGCGUCUGCGUGGUCAUUGCGUUGCGGAAACGUGGAAACAUAAAAAGUCCUUUAGGCUAAGACGCAGAUAACCUGGGGAAUAAAAGAACAUUGUUUACUUUGGCUCUAUAUACAAGGUAACCUUUUGAAGGGUGAUUCAAGGAAAAGUAUGAUCAAAUCUCUCGGCCAAUUAAAAAAAGGGAUUAUUUUUAUGGGUUGAUAAGGUAGACACUUUGAAUCUUGCUAGAUGCAGUCCCCAACAAGUUCAGUAUGAAGCUAGGUUAAAAAAAAAAGAAUAUUCCCAGGGUCUAUACAAAGUAUAGACGUUGCUAGGUUUGGCUCAUUGUUCUGGAUAACAUUUUUUGUUUAUAUUACCUCAACUGUACCUUCAACCAAUUAAACUUGACAAUGAUUAAUGCUAAUUACAUGCCCAGUCCUGAGUUUUGUUCAUUUUAUUUUAGGUAAAAAUAAAGGUAAAAUAAGAUCUGAUUUGACAUUUAUAUUUUGACUUGGGGUAAACGUGUUCUUCCCUCGCUGGAUUUUGAAGUCCAGUUCUUUAAUUUAUUUGGAACAAUAUUUCCAGAAAGUAGGAACGUAAAAACUAGGACUGUUGAGUUACGGUGCACUUGUUGAGUGGUGUUGCUGGGGGUUCAGUUUGCCAUUCAUCUUCUAGGUAGAAAAUCGAUAAUGUGUGCUGUUGGCUUACAGCAUGCUCUGCCGGCUAGAGCUUCCUUCAAUUGAAUAUACCCAGUUAUUUUUCUGUUGGGUGUUUCGUGUGUAAUAACAGCCAUUUUUCAUGUGCGUUUUCAGAAACUAUGUAAGGCUCUUACUUGGGUGAUUGAGCCAAAUGGCCUACUACAUAUCAAAAUACGUUAAUCAUAAAGAGCAUAC